AUGAAGUUCACAUCUGCCGCCGCCGUGUUCGCUGUCGCCGAAGUCGCCCUGGCUCUGCCUUUCUGGCCUCCUGCUCCUAUCGAGCCUCAACCGCCAGUCCCGGAGCCAUCGACCCCUGCAGUUGCUCGCAGACAGUUCCCAGAACCAUCUGGGUUCCCUGUGCCGCCGUUCCCUGCUCCUCCAUUCCCCCCUUCUGGCUUUCCAGAGCCUCCAUUCCCGGAGCCGCCAUUCCCUGGAGUGACCCCUUCAGUUGCUCGCAGACAGUUCCCUGAGCCUUCUGGGUUCCCUGUACCGCCGUUCCCUGCUCCUCCAUUCCCUCCUUCUGGCUUUCCAGAGCCUCCAUUCCCAGAGCCUCCCUUCCCUACACCUUCAGUUGCUCGCAGACAGUUCCCAGAACCAUCUGGGUUCCCUGUGCCGCCGUUCCCUGCUCCUCCAUUCCCUCCUUCUGGCUUUCCGGAGCCUCCAUUCCCUGCGCCUCCUUCCCCUGAGGUGACACCUUCAGUUGCCCGGAGACACUUCCCCGAGCCUUCUGGCUUCCCUGCGCCCCCGUUCCCGGAGCCUCCUUUCCCGACCCCUGCUGCUCGCCGUGACUCGGUCCCAUCUGCUGAAGGUUUCCCUGGGCCCUCUGCUCCUGGUUUCCCCGCGCCUCCUGCUCCUGGCUCCCCCGAGCCUCCUUUCCCUGAGCCUCCUGUGCCAACGCCUACUCCUUCGCCUUCCGCUGACGCUGGAGUUGGCGGUCUGGUCGGUGAAGUGACCGGCCUGUUAGGCGGCGCCGGCGCAGCUCCCGGCCUUUAA